AAAAAUUAAAGUACCGAACCUCCUCUCUGCUUCCGUCCGGUCUGUCCGAAGCGAGAGAGAGAGAGAGAGAGAAGCGUGCAGGCCAGGAAGGAAGGAAGUUGAUAUUAUCGUCUUAAUCAACAACUUGUGGACUGUAACUACAGAGUAAAGUAAACCCCAAAGUAAUAAAGAAAAUGCUGUUGAGGGCACUCCAUUUCUCUAAUCCCUCAAUCAACCACCACCGAUACACAUCGUCCCCCGCCACCUCCACCGCUCACUCUCGUCUCUUUCCGUACGAUCUCCGCCUCCCAAUCCAACGGUUCUCGUCGAUUACCAUACAAUCACACUAUAAUUCAACAACAACAGCUGUUGCAGAAUCAGAAUCGCCAGAGUCGUCGACUUCAUCUGAGUACAUCGAGACCGUCGGAUUACCGUCUAGUUCAGUGCUUCAGCUCUCUCAGUGGAAUCUCACUCAUCGCCACGUUCUCGUCCUCAAUGUCAUUGCUUGCACUGCAGCGGUCUCAGCAACCUGGCUAUUUUUGUCUGCAAUCCCAACUCUUCUUGCUUUCAAGAGGGCAGCAGAAUCACUCGAGAAGUUGAUGGAUGUGACGAGGGAAGAACUUCCAGAUACAAUGGCUGCUGUUCGGUUAUCAGGCAUGGAAAUUAGUGAUCUUACUAUGGAGCUCAGUGACUUGGGGCAGGAGAUUACACAAGGUGUUAGAAGUUCCACCAGAGCUGUCCGUGUAGCUGAGGAGAGGCUGCGCCAAUUGACAAACAUAACUCCAACAGCUUCAUUGCAGAGGGUAGCCAUUCUGAAAAAUGAGACAGGAGGACCAGCAUUGGCCAGGACUGCACGGGGAAUGAGGGAGGGGAUUGUCAAGGGUCGUUCAAUCUUGCAAAUAUUCUUCACAAUCAUACAAUUUUCCAGGAUGGCCUUUAACUAUUUUGCUAAGCAAAAUAAGAAAUAGAUCCAAAGAUAUGAGCUCUGUGGUGAGAAAUAUCAAAAUUUCCUUGCGUACAUAUCCAUUUCUUUUAUAAAUUUUGCAAAAACGUUAGUUUGUUGUUGAGUUUUAACAUGUUAGGGUUUUAUAACUGCCACUUGCAGUUGAGCUAGUAUGCAAAGAGACAGAAUGGACCUUUUGUUUUCCUUCCAUAGUUUAUAUCUUCUGUGCCUUAUGAUUU